CCUUUGUUACCGUCAUUGCUCCAGCCGUCAACUCCCGAUCCUCCCCGCCUUUGCCUCACAUCUGGUAUUCGAACGUCCCUCCUCAUGCGCCGCGGUCUUUCAAAGCGGACCACCGUCCGCUACGGGUCUGGCUACGGUGCACGGAUACAGAAAGUCAAGUCUGUUUCUGUCAAUAAGACAUCGAAGCAGAUGGCGGAGGCACAGCGAGCAUAUGAGCAGCAGGUUCAGGCGCUAAGCUACACGCAACGCGACGAGAUCAUGGGGGACUGCUCACGAGAAGAGGACAUCGAGAUGGGAGAUGGCAGUGGAGCCACCGGGCACGAUGAGUGGGAGGACGGCGAUCACGCUUUCUACCAUACGCUCCCACCCGGGGAAGAAGGUGCUGGGCAUAGCUAUGCAGGAGACGAGGCCAUAUGGAACAACGUGGCUGAGGGAAUGCGACCUGGGCACAUGCCGCGCCUGGUCGACUCAUAUCUCGCUUGGGCGGAGUCGCGGGAUAAGGGCGAGGUUGCUGUAGAAUCGGGCGAAGGAUGGCCUCUGCUGAGUCCGGGACUCUUCACUUCUCACACCCCUCCGACUCUUGCGGGCCAAAUGAGGCGUUGCUACAACAUGGAUACCUCGGAGCCAGUCCAGACCAACCCACGAUUGCCUUUUCCAUACGUUCCACGACAACGAUAUCUACAAGAACAGCUCACCACAGCAUACGACGCGUACCUCGAGAUCCUACAGCGGGUGGAUCAACGUGUCACAGCCGCAUUACAUCGGGAUGAAGACUGGGAGAUCAAGAACGUUUGCGCUCCCUGUUUUUACUCUGUUGAGGGAGAACGCAAACUCAAAUACCGCUCCUUCAUGAGUGUCGAUGGCAACGCGUCUUUGAAACUCGUCGACAGCACGUUCCGUGCCGGCAAUCCACGAUUCGACGCUCGAAAAUCCCGCUCUUGGCGUUGGCUCACUCCAUCCCAGGUGGACGUAUUCAAAGAUGAGGUGAAGAUGUCUGAGAGGAAGAAAGCGCCCUCGAGCGCUACAGAGUGUGACGCUGGCGAUCAACUGCCAGAUGUCAAUCCGCCAACGGAAGCGGAGACUGAUCAUGAUGAGGAGGUUGCAUGGCUCAAUGUCAACGAGCUUGAUGAAACCAAUGUUCAGAAACUGGAGGAGAGUAUUGAUGAACAUUUUGCGUUCCAUGACCAGGACAAGCAUGCAUCGUCGGGAAGUUUCAUCUUCGCUAACUACCAGCAAGCCGUUGAGAAGAUCACACACAACCGGGUCUGGCUGAACGCGCUUGAGCGUGAGCUCAAGACUACAGGCGCUGACUACAAAUCCGAUUUGGAAGCCGAACGGAACCAUCUGCAGUCGCUGAAAGCGGAGCCGGGAACGGUGACCAUGGCCGUCGAUUACCUUGAGCUUCUCGGUAAACUCCAAACUGCCGCUGAUGCCUCUGCAACAGCAGCAAGAGAGUUCCGGAACCUGGAUCGGCUCAUCAUCGAAAAUGGCAUCACCGGCCCCAAGAUUGCUGCCAUCCGUACACGAUAUCGAACGACACACACUCGGCAUCUCCUGGUGGAGGAAGAAGUUGCUCGGUUUGAGGUAGAGCACAAGAUUGAGGAGCGAUGGGAGAGCGGGUCGGCGGCGUAUCAUGAUGCACUGAUCACGCUCAGUGAGCGGCGCUAUUGUCAAGCACUUGAUACCUUGGAGAAGCUUGUGGUCCAGCGUCUCCUCGAGUUGACAAAGCUGUCCGUGAGUGGUGUGGGAUACAAACUUCGUGACAAGAUUGGCAAGGCCCUUCGCACGAGGGCGGCGGCAAUACAGCGGGCACUCAAUGACUACAACCUGGCAGCAAAAGCAUUGAAUCCCCCACGCGAAGAGCUCCACUGGGCCGACAUCGUGCAGACCACCACUCUUGCAGAGUUCGACGUUCUUCGUAACACUCGAGUCGAUAUUCGGGCGCUCCCAUGGACUCAACCUGCACGGCGCGAGGCAGCAACUUUGUACUUUGGGAUCAAGAGAUCGGAGGAGGAGAUUGAGCGUCUCAAUGUGGAGAUUCGCCGCCUCGUCUCCUUCCUGUUGGAUGAGCAUGCUGACUAUCAGGUUGCGAUCACGGCCAAUGAAGGCUCAAACCCCGCCCUUGCUUCUGAGCUCUCGCACCGUCUUGUGGAGAAGACACGGAUCGCAGAAUCGAUCAUUGAGCGUCUCGUGAAAACCAGCCGCCUUCUGGGCUUCUCCGGGAGCCUCCUUCCCGGGGAUCGAAUUGGAAGAGACCCGACCAUCACGCAGUCCUCUCCUAUGCCCUCUUGGGCCCACAGCCUCCUUGGCUUGCAACAGCUCGCGGUUGAGACAGAGGACAAUGAUGACGACACGGAGGUCCCCCGAGAACUGCAGGGACUUGAUGAGGACCUUGUUGUGGAGCUCAUGGAUCGUCUCCAAGUCUCAGAAGUAGAUAUUGCUGUGUAG